CUCCUCGAUCCAAAGAACAUCGAGGCUCUCGAGGAUCUGGGCGGCGUCGACGGCCUUUUGCGCGGCCUGGGGACUCACCGGACUCUCGGACUGGAGCCCAGUGGGGAGAUCAAGGGGCUCCAGAGCACAGUCAGCUUGGGCGAUGCAGCACAGUCCGCGUCGGGCGGUACGCCCGACGCGCAUGGGGCAGACAUGGAUGUUCGGAAACGCGUAUACGGCGAUAAUGUGCUUCCUGGAAGGAAAAGCAAGAGCUUACUGCUUUUGAUGUGGCUGGCGCUCAAGGACAAGGUCUUGAUCCUCUUGUCGGUCGCGGCGGUCGUCUCGCUCGCGCUGGGCUUCUUCCAGGACUUUGGCACGCCACGCGCCAGCGACGACCCCCCUGUGGACUGGGUCGAGGGCGUGGCCAUCAUCGUCGCGAUCGUCAUCGUCGUCUCGGUCGGGUCGGUCAACGAUUGGCAGAAGGAACGGCAGUUCAAGACGCUCAACGAGAAGAAGGAAGAGCGCACGGUCAAGGUGAUUCGUGGCGGCGUCGAGAUGCUGGUGGACGUACAUGAGGUCGUCGUCGGCGAUGUGGCGCUUCUCGAGCCUGGCGAGAUCGUCCCCUGCGACGGCAUCUUCCUGUCUGGGCACAACGUCCGGUGUGACGAGGCUGGCGCAACGGGCGAGUCGGACGCGAUCAAGAAGCUCUCAUAUGAGGAGUGCAUACGCAUUCGCGACGAGCGGCUGUUAGAAGAUAACGUGAAGAAGGCGCGCCCGUCGGGUAUGGAUUUGCUCGGGCACACGGACUGCUUCAUUAUCAGCGGGAGUAAGGUGCUUGAGGGCGUCGGCUCGUACGUCGUCAUCGCUGUCGGCACGAAGAGUUUCAACGGUCGAAUCAUGAUGGCGCUGCGGACGGACGCGGAAAACACCCCGCUCCAGCUCAAGCUCAACGACUUGGCAGAGCUCAUCGCCAAGGUCGGCAGCCUCGCGGGCUUGCUCCUGUUCUCGGCCUUGAUGAUCCGGUUCUUCGUCCAGCUUGGCACCGGUGAACCCGCCCGGACCACGAACGAGAAAGGCAUCGCAUUUGUUCAGAUUUUGAUUAUUGCUGUGACUCUCGUUGUCGUCGCUGUACCUGAAGGUCUACCAUUGGCAGUCACAUUGGCGCUCGCUUUUGCGACGAAACGAAUGACACAGGAAAAUUUGCUCGUGCGCGUCCUCGGAUCCUGCGAGACGAUGGCGAACGCGUCUGUCAUCUGCACGGACAAGACCGGUACCUUGACGCAAAACGAAAUGACCAUCGUCGCCGGCUCUGUCGGCGUCCACGCCAAGUUCGUGCGACAAUUUGAGGACAACAAGGCGCGCUCGAACGUCGACGACUUGAACACGUCGGGCGACCGCAAGCACGUGCAGGACUUCUCGCUCGACCAGGCGCAGCUGAACCAGGUGUUCUCGCCCGCGCUCAAGACGCUCUUCAACGACGCGAUCGCCGUCAACUCAACCGCGUUCGAGGACCGCGACGCUGCGACGAGCGAGCUCGUGUUCGUGGGCAGCAAGACGGAGACGGCGCUGCUCAAGUUUGCGAAGGAGCUUGGGUGGGCUGAUUAUAAGCAGGUCCGGGACAGCUUUGAGAUCGUGCAGAUGAUUCCGUUCUCGAGCGAUCGUAAGGCCAUGGGCGUCGUGGUGAAGCUGCCCGACGGCCGGUGGCGGCUGCACGUCAAGGGUGCGAGUGAGAUCCUGACGGAUAGGUGCUCGCGGCAUGUCGUGGUGGAGCAGGACGGCUCGGGCGAGGCGAUUGAGACCGCGCCUAUCGGUGAACUCGAGCGCGACAAUAUUUCGCGGACUAUCACAUUCUAUGCAUCGCAGACGCUGCGGACAAUCGGCAUUUGUUACAGAGAUUUCGAGCAGUGGCCCCCUGCAGGCGCACGGUACGUCGCGAACGAUGAGGUGGAGUACGAUGAUUUGGCGCAAGACAUGAAUCUGAUAGGUAUCGUCGGCAUCGAGGAUCCCCUCCGCGAAGGUGUCCGCGAGGCCGUGGCAAACUGUAUUAAGGCCGGCGUCGGCGUCAAGAUGUGUACUGGCGACAACGUGCUCACCGCGCGCUCCAUCGCGCAGCAAUGCGGUAUCUACACUGUUGGCGGUAUUGUCAUGGAGGGCCCGGUCUUUAGGCAACUUCCGCCGGACACGAUGAAGAAGGUCGUGCCGCGGUUGCAGGUGCUCGCGCGCUCGUCGCCGGAGGAUAAACGCAUCUUGGUCGAGACGCUCAAGGGACUUGGCGACGUGGUCGGCGUCACGGGCGACGGCACGAACGACGGGCCGGCGCUGAAGACUGCACACGUUGGAUUCUCCAUGGGCAUCGCCGGGACGGAGGUCGCAAAGGAGGCGUCUGACAUCAUCCUGAUGGACGACAACUUUUCAUCGAUCGUGAAGGCCAUCAUGUGGGGCCGGUGCGUCAACGACGCGGUGCGCAAGUUCCUGCAGUUCCAGAUCUCGACGAACGUGACGGCUGUGGUGGUUACAUUUGUGACGGCGGUGGCCUCGGACCAGGAGGAGUCGGUGCUGAGCGCGGUGCAGCUGUUGUGGAUUAACAUUAUCAUGGACACGUUUGCUGCUCUCGCGCUGGCCACGGACCCCGCCUCGCCCGUGCUGCUCGACCGCAAGCCGGACAAGAAGACGGCACCGCUGUUCACGGUGGACAUGAUCAAGCAGAUCGUUGGACAGUCGAUAUACCAGAUCAUCAUCAUCCUUAUUUUCCACUUCUUGGGUUCGCAGAUCCUCGGCUUCCAUGACCACACGACGAAGGAGAGCGACAUCGUCCAGACGCUCGUGUUCAACAUCUUCGUGUUUGCGCAGGUCUUCAACUCAGUCAACAGCAGGCGGCUCGACAACAAGCUGAACAUCUUCGAGGGCAUUCUCAACAAUUAUUAUUUCAUGUCUAUCACCUUGAUCGAAAUUGCGGUUCAGGUGCUCAUUGUGUUUGUCGGUGGUGCCGCGUUUCAGGUGACCAGGAUCGGCGGUCGCGAGUGGGGCAUCUCGCUCGCGCUGGGGCUCGUGUCUAUCCCGCUUGGCGCGCUCAUCCGGUGCAUCCCGAACGCACCCGUUGAGCGGCUCAUCAGCAAGAUACACCUCCGGCCUUUCUGGCGCAAGGAGGAGAAGCUGCCGACGACGCGCGCGGACGCGGAGCCCGGGUUCGGGUUCGCGAUGGACCGCAUGCGGGACAACUUGGGCACGUUCUCGACCGUGCGCGGCGGGCGCAUGCGCUCGUCGUCGUUCGUCGUGAAGAGCAGAUCUGGGCGCGCCGACGCGGACGCGCCGAAAGUAGUACCUGAACUGUUGACAAUGUUCCCGUCGCUGAUGGCCUCGCACAUCGUCGGCUCGAACUGGACACCGCAGUCGAACGGCUCGCUCUCGGACCCGGCCGGAUUCGACCCGUCCAGAUCGUCGGCUGCGCUCUGGGAAAAUAAGUUCGAGGUGCAUCCGGACACGCCGCCGAACGACCCCGUGUUCAAGCUCUUGGGCGCGCGGCCGUCGACGUCGCGGCCAUGAAACCUACGAAAAUCGAGAUUCUUUUCCCCUGUUCGCAUCUGUCUAUAAAGCCGCCUCCGGUACCUAUGCCAUCGGGCACUUGCGUGCGGGCAAGUUGGACGGACCACCGUCCUUGGCGUCACGACCAUCAAGGCCUCACGCUUGAUGGACCCUGGACGGGCCUGCGCCGCAUGUACUCCCUCGUUGCUUGUAGCAACAUUAUCUCUCUCGGCGUGGCGCGAUUUCUCGCCACCGCCGCUGCAUCUAAUCGCCCUCGGGCGUCCCAUUAUUUUUGUCCUCGUUUUUUUUUUUUUUUUACAUUUCCGGCUUUCGUUUUCGUUUUCUGUAUACUCCGCCAGCUUCGCUAUCCAUCACGCAUGAAGACGGCACGGCACUUGUCGGGUUCGGCCACAUCCAUCGCACGACCGCGACUCGGCAAGCAAGAAAAAAAAAUACAAGUUUCUUUUCGUCUCCCCUCGCCUCCUGGAUCCCUCUCGACGCUCGACGCUCGACACGAACUUGCAUGACCCCCCCCGCAUCGCAGACAAGAUACCCACCGCGACCGCCGCUUGCAUAGAACAUCACUCACCCGGCUAUCUAUCUCCAGCAUUUUUUCUCGUUGCAGUGCUCGGUGCCCCCGACCGAAUUAUUAGCGCCAAACAUCACUAUUUGUUACUUAUCGCGUGCGCGCGCGCACUCAUACACACACGCGCGUGCCCUCGCAUCCUCGCACCCAUUUUCAUAUUUUCAUGUUAUCAUAUGUUCGCGGACGCGGGCUCUUGCAGCGUCUGCGCUGUCUAGACGAGCGU